UCUGAUGUACACUGUCUCCUGUUUCUUUAAACCCUAGACCCUAAUUCUCUGCCUCUUUCACCACCUCCUCCAUAAGCGGCUGCAACUCCUUGGAGGAUAAUCUGAAAGAAUCAAGAGAAUGUUAGUGCUUUUUGAAACCCCUGCGGGUUUUGCCCUUUUUAAAGUAUUGGAUGAAGGAAAGCUCUCCAAAGUUGAUGAUCUGUGGAAGGACUUCUCAUCUGCGGAUGCAGCCAGACAGGUGGUAAAGCUAAAAGCCUUUUCCAAGUUUGAAAACACAUCAGAAGCACUCUCAGCAGCUACCCUGUUAAUUGACAGCAAGCCCAGCAAAGGUCUGCGCAAGUUCUUGCGUUCUCAUUGUGAUGGCGAGACAUUGGCUGUUGCAGACUCCAAACUUGGAAACGCCAUCAAGGAAAAACUACAAAUCGAAUGUGUUCACAACCACACUGUCAUGGAACUUAUGAGAGGAGUCAGAAGUCAAUUGACAGAACUCAUAACCGGUUUAGGCGCACAAGAUUUAGCCCCAAUGAGCUUGGGUUUAUCUCACAGUUUGUCUAGAUACAAACUUAAGUUCAGCCCAGACAAAGUGGACACCAUGAUCAUUCAAGCUAUUGGCUUGUUAGAUGAUCUUGAUAAAGAGCUCAACACCUAUGCAAUGAGGGUGCGUGAAUGGUAUGGAUGGCAUUUUCCAGAACUUGCUAAAAUCGUACAAGACAAUAUCUUAUAUGCCAAGGCAGUUAAACUCAUGGGUUAUCGCACAAAUGCUGCAAAACUUGAUUUCUCUGGGAUACUACAAGAAGAGGUGGAGACAGAACUAAAAGAGGCAGCUGUGGUUUCCAUGGGAACUGAAGUGAGUGACCUUGACUUGGUCAACAUCAAGGACUUAUGUGACCAAGUGUUGUCUCUUUCAGAAUACAGAGCUCAACUUUAUGAUUAUUUGAAGAGCAGGAUGAAUACAAUUGCACCUAAUUUAACUGCCAUUGUUGGAGAGCUUGUUGGAGCUCGAUUGAUUGCUCAUGGUGGUAGUUUGUUGAAUCUUGCAAAACAGCCUGGAAGUACAGUUCAGAUUCUUGGAGCUGAAAAGGCUCUUUUUAGGGCUUUGAAGACAAAACAUGCAACACCUAAAUAUGGUCUUAUUUAUCAUGCAAGUUUAAUAGGUCAAGCUGCACCAAAACAUAAGGGAAAAAUUUCCCGUUCUCUUGCUGCUAAAACAGCUUUAGCAAUUCGAUAUGAUGCUCUUGGAGAUAGUCAAGAUAAUUCUAUGGGAAUGGAGAAUCGUCUCAAGCUUGAAGCUAGAUUAAGGAGUCUUGAAGGGCGAGAACUUGGGAAGUCUGCUGGAUCAACGAAAGGGAAGCCUAAGAUUGAGGUUUAUAAUAAGGAUCUCAAGAAAGGAGAUGGAGCUAUGAUCACUCCUGCAAAGACUUAUAAUGUGGCAGCAGAUUCUGUUCUUGGGAGGAUAGAAGCAGAGGCUGAGGAAGAUGAAGAGAUGGUGGCAGCCAUUGAUGAGGGAAAGAAAGAUAAAAAGAAGAAGAAAAAGAAGGAGGGUGUUGAAGAUGAAGUGGAGGGCAGUGAUGGAAAGAAAGACAAAAAGAAGAAGAAAAAGAAGGGUGGUGAUGAUGCUGAUGAAGUGGUGGUGGUGGUGAAUGAGGAAGAUGGUGAUAAAAAGAAAGAUAAAAAGAAAAAGAAAAAGAAAGAUGGUGAUGAUGAAGUGGAGAAGGAAGAGGAGAAUGUUGAGGUUGAAGGGAAGAAGAAAAAGAAGAGAAAACAUGGUGAAACUGAAGGUGAAACUGAAAAGGGAAGUAAGAAGAAAGAUAAGAAAAAGAAGAAGAGCUCUGUCUGUCGCACACUUCACUGCAAUAUGAAGGUUAUCGCUGCAUAUUUGUUGGCCUUGUUGGGAGGUAACACAUCUCCAUCCGCUGAAGAUUUGAAGAAAAUCCUCGGUUCAGUUGGAGCUGAUGCUGAUGAAGAUAGAAUUGAAUUACUCUUGUCGGAGGUUAAGGGUAAAGAUAUCACCGAAUUGAUUGCUUCUGGAAGGGAGAAGUUGGCUUCAGUUCCUUCAGGUGGUGGUGGUGGUGUUGCAGUUGCCGCCACAGGUGGUGGUGGUGCUGCACCCGCUGCAGCUGAGCCAAAGAAAGAGGAGAAAGUUGUAGAGAAAGAAGAGUCCGAUGAUGAUAUGGGAUUCAGUUUGUUUGACUGAGGAUCAUCGUAUGAAGCAUGUUCUUUUGUCGUUUUUGGAUAUGAUUUUUUUGGUAGUAAUUUGUUAGUUUCAUCUUCAAAUGAAGAAUUUUGUAAGACCUUGCAAAAGUUUCUUUUUUGUUUUUAUACAUCAAAUGUUUUUUAACAUAGUUUUAUAUGAUCUUUACUUUUGUUAAUUUGGAUGAUAAUCUUUAAUUAAGUCUACAAACAUUUAUGUAAGCG